UGUCUCUUUCACGGGCUCUGCAGAGGAAGCAUGUUCAUCUUCAGGGCGGAAAACUUCACUCAAAGUUGCCUAAUCAACAGUGUGUGCUUGUGGGCGUCGACGUGCAGCCUUACGUGUCAACCUAGCGGUCCGUGCAGUUUACUCAAAGCAGUAAAGCAGAAGUGAUCCUCAGUUAGCUCGAACAGCUCGAACAGCUAGGGAGGAGGUGGCAACAUCACUGCAGUCUGGGCUUCAGUGAGUUCAGUAAGUCGCAACCAGAUGUGCGAAAAGUAAGUUUCCCCGUUUAACCUUCCUCGCUGUGUUAGUACAGGUCUGGAGUUUUUUUUUUUCCCUGCUUCCCGAUGACUUCCUCUAUCUCAGCCUGGCUUUGGAGUGAGAGAUUUUGGCUUCCCGAAAAUGUCUCAUGGGCGGACCUGGAGCGUCCACCACCUGGUGUGGAGUAUCCCCAUUUGAGGCACAUAUACAUCGCCUUGCCUCUGGCCGUCGGAGUGUUUCUACUAAGACAACUAUUUGAAAGGCUAGUGGCCAAGCCCUGUGCCCACAUACUUCAGAUCCAGGCAGGAGCGCCUCGGCAAGCGCAGUCCAACGAUGUUCUGGAGAGGGUGUAUCGGUCCAAAACGUCUCCAGACACGAGGCAACUGGAGGGACUCUCCAAACAGCUGGACUGGGAUGUUCGGAAAAUACAGAGAUGGUUUCGAGUCCGUCGAAACCAGGACAGGCCCAGUACGCAGAAAAAGUUCUGUGAGAGCAUGUGGCGAUUCACAUUUUACCUGGGGAUUUUUAUCUAUGCCAUUCGCUAUUUGUGGGUGUCGCCCUGGAUGUGGGAUACCCGACAGUGCUGGCACAACUAUCCUUUUCAGGCUCUGAGCCCUGGACAGUUCAACUACUAUGUAGCUGAGCUGGCCUUCUACUGGUCUCUGAUGUUUUCCCAGUUCAUAGAUAUUAAGCGUAAGGACUUUUUCAUCAUGCUUGUCCACCACCUGGCCACCAUCAUGCUCAUCACAUUCUCCUAUGCCAACAACAUGUUAAGAGUUGGCACUCUGGUCAUGUGUGUGCACGAUGCAUCUGACAUCUUUCUCGAGGCUGCAAAGCUGGCCAACUAUGCCAAGUACCAGAGGCUAUGUGAUGGCCUGUUUGUGGUGUUCAGCAUAAGCUUUUUCUUCACCCGGCUAGUCAUCUACCCUUUCUGGGUUGUUCACAGUGUUUUGAUUGAGAGUUGGGAGAUCGUCGGCCCGUACCAGGCCUGGUGGUUGCUCAAUGGCCUGCUGUUGGUGCUGCAGGUUCUUCACAUAAUCUGGUUCUACCUUGUCGCUCGCAUUGCUAUCAAAGCCAUAUUCAAGGGAAAGGUUUCCAAAGAUGACCGCAGUGAUGUCGAUAGCAGCUCAGAUGAGGAGACGAAGAGUAAAACUCCCAUUCAAACCCUAAAACCAAAGGACAACGGUCACAAUGGUAACCUUAACGGAGACGCUCACGACCACUGAGUCCCCUGAGCAAGAUCUUUUCUUCCAGUGUGGCUUUCAUUCAUCUCCUGCGUGCCUGUGUGACCCACCUUGUCACCUCAUGAAGACUUGAAACUUUUUAUUUUUUUUUACUUCCAAAAGAUUUGCUGAGUAAUUCAAACGAGGAGGUAACUUAAAUAGAGAGACACUCCAUGUGUUAUAUACAGACUUGGCAUUGUCUUACUGAGUCAGGUUUACACUGUGUGAGGUUUACACCUGCUUUUUGCUUACAGAGGUAGACAGAAAAAUGUGUGCUGUCUGUCUGUCUGCACCUCGCUGUAUGUGAGUGUGUGUGUGUGAGUGUGUUUGUGUGUGUAUGUGUCUAAAGUUAAAAAGUGCUGUCAGAACUGUCAGAAUUCAUUUUGUACAUGUAAAUAGAUUUUUAUGAGUGAAACUUGUAAUAUAUUCUAAAGCUGUUCAACAAAUCACGGCAUCUGCCUUUCAGAAUAUAUUACAAAUAUCAUUAAAAUGCCAAAGAUUUCUUAAUAAAACAUUAUUGCAAUAAAUGCAGUGAU